AUGAUUGACAACGACGAUUCCGCUUCAAUAAUAGACUCUUCUCAGAAAGAGCUAGGAAUGGAUCCAAAUGGGGAUAAGGAGAAUAUGGGCAAAGUUGAGAGAUUGCCGAGAAUGAGACGCUAUAUGCGUGCGUUCUUCACGACGCCUUCGACUUCCUCUGGAGUUUUGGCGGCGACUCAAGAUCAAAUAGAUCGCUAUUGGGCGCAUCGACGAAGCCCAUUUUUUGGUGUCACCUGGCGGUUCGAGAACGUCGCCAAUCAUCAUGCCGAAUGUCCCGGACCAUCGUCAUGUCAAAGCUCGGAGUGCGAAGAGAUGCGUCGCCUUCUCCAGCAUAUCCAAAGCUGCCCUUCGAACCGUCACCAGUAUUGCUUCUUGUGCUUCUGCAGCUAUCGCGGAUUCGCCACUCACAUUGAGUUCUGCACACGCGAGAAUUGCGAUAAUUGCGAGGCGAUUCGAUUUCUUCGAUCCCGAUUUGUCGACGCUCGUCGAAAUUGA